AUGAAAUUAAUGAAAAACAAGAAUGCAAAGCGGAUGCGUGGUAGAUCAUGGCCAUUGUAUGAUGAUUGGGUGCUUAUCUUUGGGAAAGAUAGGACAACAGGAGAGUUUGCCCAAGGACUUGAGGAAAUGAUCGAUGAUAAUUCAGUAGUUAGGGAUGUUCCUAAGGAUGCCAAUGUAGAGGCUCAACCAACCGAGGGAAUGGAUAAUGUUAGCUACUCUCAAAGUGUAACUCAGGGCAGGGAGGAGGUGAAUGUCACCCACAUACAUGUAAUCCAAAAAAAGAAAAGCUACCACUCUAAGCGAUUCAAUGGCUACAAGUCUUUCCCAAAUAUGUAA